AUGGAAAACUAUAUCAAGGCAGAUAAAGCCACAAGCGACCCGCGGCGGACUCUCAACGUUUUGGGGCGCAAUGCAUCGUGCCAUGCUAGACAACAAAAUAACGAUGACGUCAUAGCUCAGAUAUCACAAAAUAACAAGCACAGCUGGAACUUGUUUGGUGGACCGAGUCUACUAUGGAAUACGGAAUGGUGCACGAAUUGCCGCCUUGCCAUUGAGAAGAUUCUGUCAUAUAUUCUAUCACGGAGGGCUAAGGGUUUCAGCAUACUACAUCAGCUCAGCCACGGCGACCAGGAACAAGAAAUUAGGGCUGGUAUCUCUGAAGGUGAAUACCCAUAUAGCCGAGGCACGGGAAUGCCUUAUGAAUGA